AUGGAAGGGCGAGAUAGAAAUCCCAGCCCAUCGGAACAGUCUGACAACGAGGAUAAAUGCUGCGAUCGUAUAGGAGAAACCCUGUACAGCGAGAAGUUCGUUCUGCAGUUGCUUGUGGAAUUGUGCAAAAUUAUCGAAAGCGAGGCUGAAGCCGAAGAGCCAUCGUCUACGUCGAGUGGCUUGGACUUGGACCCUGAUUUGGACAAGGAAUUUUGCGUUUUAUGGGACAUGAGCACCGAUCACGACGUCGUCAAGCUGAUCGCCGAAUGUGACGGUGCCAGGAUAUUCCGUAAUCUGCUUAUGACGACGGCCAAACCCAGGUUGAAGGUACUCAAACCUGUGAACUGA